CCUAUUGGAGCGCUCAACGAGACAAGGAAGGCGUACUUUGAGGAGCGGUACAACUCGUGGGAGCAUGAUCAGAUCCCGCCGUUUCACUACGGAACUCACUACUCAACCUCUGCCUUCACCCUCAACUGGCUUAUACGAGUGGAGCCGUUCACCAGCAUGUUUCUGAAUCUGCAAAGUGGGAAGUUUGAUCAUCCAAACAGAAUUUUUGCCUCUGUGGCCCAGGCCUGGAAAAACUGCCAAAGAGACACGUCUGACGUCAAGGAGCUGAUCCCAGAGUUCUACUGCCUUCCUGAGAUGUUUAUGAACAACAAUAAGUACAACCUGGGCAAACAGGAAGAUGGUACAGUGGUAGGCAAUGUGGAGCUGCCUCCCUGGGCAAAGACACCAGAGGAAUUUGUCCGCAUUAACAAGAUGGCUCUGGAAUCGGAGUUUGUGUCCUGUCAGAUCCACCACUGGAUUGACCUCAUAUUUGGCUACAAACAAAGAGGUCCUGAAGCUGUGCGAGCCACCAAUGUGUUUUACUACCUGACGUAUGAGGGCACAGUCAACCUAGACACAAUGACCAACCCUGUUAUGAAAGAGGCCAUAGAGAAUCAGAUCCGCAGCUUUGGUCAGACGCCCACCCAGUUGUUGACAGAGCCCCACCCGCCCCGCAGCUCGGUUAUGCAUUUGAGCCCCAUGAUGUUCUCCAAGAACCAGGAGGACGUGUGCAUGAUCAUGAAGUUCCUGUCCAACUCGCCGGUCACUCACGUGGCAGCCAAUACACACCCCGCCGUGCCCUUACCUGCGGUCACUUCCAUCACCUGCAACCAUAACUAUGCCAUCAACAAGUGGAACAACAACUACAUGCCUCAAGCCAACUCUGCCAGUUUCUCCUCGGACAAGACGGACCCUGCAGCACCCCCCAACCUGCCCUUAGCUAUGGACCAACUGCUAGUGUUGAACACAGGCCUCCAGCGGAGGUCCCUGGGCGACAACUUUGACCAGCGGCUACCGGUCAACCACCACUGCUUCAUCACCACGGCCGACAACCGCUUCCUCUUUGCCUGCGGCUUCUGGGAUAAGAGCUUUAGGGUCUACUACCUGGAUACAGCCCGCAUCAUUCAGGUGGUGUUUGGUCACUUCGACGUGGUCACCUGCCUGUCCCGGUCCGAGUGUAACGUGAGCCAGGACUGCUACGUGGUCACAGGCUCCAAGGACUGCACGGUCAUGGUGUGGAUGUUCAGCGCCAAGUCGCAGGCUAUCCUCGGGGACAACAACAGCAUUGAGAUGCCGACCCCUCGCACCGUCCUGACGGGCCAUCAGUCGGAGAUCACAUGUGUGGCCACCAUCGCUGAGCUGGGACUUGUGGUCAGCGGAUCCAAAGAUGGUCCGUGCCUGGUUCACUCCCUGAGCGGCGACCUGCUGCACUCCCUGGACCCCCCCCCGUCCACGUGCCUGUCCCCGAGAAUCAUCGCCAUCUCACGUGAGGCGUACAUCAACCUGGUCUACGACCGCGGCAACGUCUGCAUGUUCAGCGUCAACGCCAAAAUGCUGCAUUUCAUGGAGCACAAGGAGAACAUACAGGCUUUGAUCCUGAGCCGAGACGGGCAGUACAUGAUCCUGGGCGGAGACUCCGGGGUGGUGGAGGUGUGGCGGGCCAACGACUUCAGCCUCCUCUACACCUACCCAGUGUGCGACAGUUCCAUCCGCUCUCUGGCUCUCACACAUGACCACAGAUUCCUGGUAGCUGGCCUGGCCACCGGCUGCCUGCUGGUGUUCAACAUUGAUUUUAACAAAUGGCACCACGAGUUCCAAGAAAGAUACACUUAGAUCCCCCCCACCCCCACCCCCACCCACCCCCAUCUCGGGCCGGCCAAGUCUUGCUUCACUUCACAGAUGAAUCUGUAUGCUGCUUUAUACCGUCAUUUUUCCUACUGGUCAGCUGGUUUUUAGCUUUCCUCUUCAUCUACAUCUCAGAUUUUAUUUGCGCACGAGGGGAGAGGGGAAAGAAGUUUGUGUGUGUAAUUUAAUGAAUGACUCCAAGAUGGGUUGCCUUUUCGCAUUCCUUUAUUCAUUUUUUUUUUCAGAUGUCAUAAAACAAUUGUCUUGAACCGAUGUUUGCUUCAUUGCUCUGAGUAUUUUAUUAUUUUGACUGUCCUCCAUGAUCCAAAAGAAAUAUUUUGUCUGUCAUGAUUAUGAUCAAAUAUGUCGGCAGUCUUUUGUGAUAAAGAACAGUUCCUACAACUGAUAUUCUUUUCUUUUUUAAAUUGUUUAAAUUUUGAGUGACUUGUAUGGGGAUACCUAUUGGUUCAAAGGGAAAAAAUACCUAACCAGAAAGUCAAAAUGUGAUUGAAUGUGAGGACAGGAGAGGUUGAUUGCGAUGAGCAAGGAAACUAUGAGGACGAAGUGUUCCCAGUUUUUCCCUCACAUUUUGUGCUUUUCUCCGAGUGUACCGUUAAAUUGCUGGGUUGUUAAAGCAUUAUGUGUGAACUGUUCCUUUCGGUGAUCUCUUUCACAAAUGUAUGUGGUUGUGUGACUGACCUGGAAUAUUAUUAAAGAUACUUUCCAGCAUUGUAGGUGGAAUAUUUUGCUACUGUGUGCUUUGCAUGACUAAUGCAUAAGAUGUAUGCAACUGUUAUUAUUGGAACAUGAUACUACUUCUCAUUGUGUAGUGUGGUGUGGUAUGGUGUGAUUUUGAACUCUCUUGUUCAGGUUAACAGUUGGUCAUAAUUAAUUGUGGAGGUUGGAAAUCAUUUUCUUUGUCUCGUCCAGGAAAAUUCUUUUCUAUCAAAAGUUUUCUCAAAAGUAUGAAAUUUUUAAAAAGACCCUCAUGUUUCGGAAACAAAUUCUGAGGCCAGGCAAAAAAACAAAAACGAACGACACUCUCCUUUUUAAAAUGAGAAACAUUUGCUUGUGAUGUCCAGUAAUAGAAUGCAUCUCCUGUUUUCCUACUAUCACCACCAAGCACACACAGCAAUGUGCUAAAUAUAGAUUGUAUGUCCUAGUUGGGGAAAAGGUGAAGAAAAUGUUUACCCAUGACGACCUUACAGCUGGUUAACAGUUACGAAAUGUUAUCUAUUGCAUGAUGUUAACAGUAACAGUUACAGCAUGUUAACAAGACAGGAAUAACAUUUCAGUGAUGGAUGUGUCGUGGGGACCUCGGAAUUGAGACUUCUUGUACAGAAUGGCCUUAUUUUGAGUACUGGGUCUAUUUGGUUCUAAUAUUCUAAGGAUCCAAGCUCUAGUUGAAGACCACCUCUCUUGUAAGUCUUUUUUAGCGUGGGGGAUUGGAAGGUCUUUCUCUAGAGAGAGACCACUGUAAACAAACAAUGUUGUCUUGAGUGCAAAGUAGCCUGAAAUUCAUGGGAAAGAGUUGCAGAGUGAUUCAUGGUAAGAUUUUAAGAAUUUGCUAAUGUGUGACUACUGCAUGAUAAUCUCCUCAAUAAACCAUUGAUUUUGUUUUUGUUGUUGUGUACAUGACCCCGGCGUUGAUGCUCAGACAUUUCUCUCAUUACUUCCUUGUAUUAAGAAGGAAGGCAAGAGAUUUUGUUGUGACUGCUGAAGCCGAUGUUGUCAGUUACCAGCACUGUCGGGAUCUCGCUCUGUGUGUGUCUUUGUCUUGACCUAGUUCUGUGUGUUUCAACCUGCAUUUCUGCAGAUUUGAGACGCUGUCACGGAGUUGCUCAUGCACACAUGUAUUUGAUAAUUAUUAUUAUUAUGAUGAUGAUAACAUUCCAAACCAGUUGUGCGCAAAGGAGUUGUGUUUUUGCCGUACAGUAGUUGUCUUCACCUAAGUUCCCGCUGCUCAGGAGUUGUUCUUUUUUGUUUGUUUUGUUUGGGGUUUUUUUUUGGGGGGGGGGAGGGAGAAGGAGAAACGGGAUGUUGGGCCAGUAAGAUCCGAUUUGAUAGGGGUAAGUAAGGGGCAGAGUAGUCCAUGAUUGAACUGAUAAUAAAAUAGUCUCCCCUUUCUGUACUAUUUCUAAAGAAAAGUGAGAUAUUGCCUGUAUAAAUAAUAAGACUGUGGAAUGGUAGAUGUAGACCACAGUUUUGUUUUCCAUUUCUCACUGAGUAGGUGUAUAUUAGUUUCACGAUUAUCAUUAAUAUUAUUGGUAUAUCUUUUAGUUGUGUUUAUUUUUAAUCAGUUAUUUUUAUUCUUAUUAUUUGUAUUUGUAUUCUUGCAAGGUUUUGGACAGCUUUGACUCAAGAUUUUAUUUGGUUGAUAGGUUUUUGCUUUCUAAUAUGUUGUGAUAAUCUAUUGUUUCAAAUGGCUUCCUUACUUUUAGAUGUACUAUCUGAUAAUUCAUCAUAAGAAUUGUUUUAGUAAUUUAUUUGGUGCAAAUUCAACGUCUCAGUGUGAUCUUGUCUUCUCUUGUGAAGGGCUACAGAUUUGCUUUGGACCUUUUGAAUCGUAGGAACUUGUUAUAUUUCUUUGAGGGGACUGUAGUCUGCAAUAGGGGGGAGAGAGAGAGAGAGUGUGUGUAAUUGUUAAACAAGCCUUCCUGAAAAAUAAUACGUCACACCUAUCUUCUUUCUUUGUUUAGCAACUCGGUCGUUUUGUUCCAGUUAAGAAGUAACAAUUUCUUUACGAUUCGUUCUUAAUAAAAGUUAAGUUCGUGAAGCAAAGGAGCGCGUACUGUUGUGAAGGUACAGCAGAUCGGCUGUUUUGAAGAUCAGGCAUGGGCAAGGCUGUCCAUAUCGUGAGUCGGAUGAAAUGAUUCCGAAUAUGUCGGAAACAAAAUCAGGAAAGAAUUGAAUUUGGUUGAAAUACCCGAGCUAUCAAAAUGGAUGCUAAAACUGACACCAUAGCUUCAUAUGCCGCUCAAGAGCAUUUUCUGUUGCUUCUUGCUGGGCAGGAAACUACUGAUUUUUAUUUUUGAAAUGGACAGUUAUGUUUUUAAAAGUUAUCAACUUGCCGCAGGUUACAUUUAUCAUCAAUUACUGAGUCAACUCAAGUGCCAGAUUCAAACUGCUCGCGGGCCGGAUCUGGACCACGGGCUGCGGUUUGCCCAUGCCUGGGUUAGAUGUUAUUUUUUUUGGUGUCAGGUUUGCUCUUUUAUGAGUUUGAGAGGUAAAGGUUCUGUCAGAUUCUUGGUUUUCAUGUGACUAAGUUGUUUUUUUAACUUCCUCUGUUUGUGUAAUGUCAUUAUGUGUGUUUGUCUUAGCAUCCUUCAAGGGGGGUGGGGGGGGUUGAGAAAUUUGACAAGAUCCAAAAAUGACAACCCUCCUCCUCCGCCCCACUGUUGAGAGAUAGGAAGAGCUGAACUCUCGUCCAGUGCUGAAUGCAUGAACUCAGCGGUGGACUGCUUGCCUGUAAUCAUUCCACUGAUGAUUUUCCUGGAUGUGCUGAAAUUGUUUUCGUGAUUGGUCACAAAUUAAAUCUCUUGUGUUGUUAAGUUAUUUGUUUGAAAUACCUAUUUAAGAUCUCUGAGUGUGUACAGAGCUCCCCUCCCCAUCAGGUCCCCUUCUCACUGUACUAGCUCAGUUGUGUGUGUUAUCACCUGCGGCAAUAGACUGAAUGGUUCAUCCCCCAUCUUGACAUCACUUCUUGUAAGACUUUUCUGUGUGCAAAUGUUGAAGUCUGUACUCAGGGGGGAAUGAACACCCCCCCCCCCUCCUCCCCUCUUAUUGAACUAUAUUGCGUAUGUUAUUGAGAUGACACGUAAAAGUGUUCGUUAUUUCUCUCUCGGCUGCAGACUGUGCUCUGUUUCUUCUGUACAUUCUUACGACACAUAACUUUUGAUGUUGUAGCGUGUUGCCAUAGACAACAUUCCACUGACCUCUCAGAAUAAAUCUGAAGACCAUUCCAUGUGCUUUAUUGAAACGUAAACCUCAGUUCUGUAAAGCCCUGUAGAACGUUUUUGAUGCUUUCUCUGUCUUUGUUUCUUCUUCAAAGUGGGAAAAAGAAUGUCUCUGACAGAAAUUAAUAAAUGAAAACCUCUGUGAUUGACUGCCAAGAAACGUUAGUCAGUUGUAUGAAGAGUUAUGCUUGUGAGGCAUCAAAAGUAUCACUGGGAUGAUUCGCUGUCUACUCAAUGGAAAAAAACAUGAUUUGCAACCUUUCAGAUUUUCAUGAAGACAAGAUUUUCUAUUUUCACAGGCCUCUGCUCACAGCUCGCAUAGGGUUACAACAUUCACUUUCGUGAUAAAUUUUGUUUUAUCUCCUUGUUUUUUUACAAUGUAGAGUAUUGGUCUGUCAAAUCGGAAGGAAACUUAUUUUUUCUCUUGUGAGUUUGUACCAUAGGGCAUUGAGGUUGCGUCUUGAUUUUUUAAAUUCAAAUUUUAGGUUUUUAGCAGCUGGUUUUUGUUGUUGUUUUUUUUAAGAGUUUCCAGAGGGGAAAAAAUGUCAAGUUAUGUCAAUGUUGUUUUGAGGAAACGUAAUUUUCUCUUCCUAUAUGAAUUUGUACAGCUUUGAAUUUUGCAGAUGGCAAAUUUGGUCUUUGUCCAUCAUGACUCACUACCAUCGACCUAUAUUCUGUCCCGAUAGUCUAACUGUGUGCCUAAGAUGUGAACAAACACAAUGUGGCUCUUGACAUGUAGUUUGUAUCGAUCUUGUACCAUCCCUCUUCCAUCAAUUAGCAGGCAGCGGAGCUCUUCACAACAUGAUGUCUAAAACGAAGUGCAA